GAAAAAUCCAAAAAUAAGAGUGGCAGGCAGCAUCGGAUGAAUCCUACGUAGGAAUGAAGUGUAAAAUGUGUAGAAAGCAUGCAAGGGCACGUGAGGCGGCGUGUGUGUGUGAUAUAUUGUACGUUUGAUGAAUGAUUUUAUGGUACGCCACCUACUAAUCAUAAUUCCACUUGUCAUGCAACAUAGAUGACUUGCAUUCCCAAACGUCUGAUCUCUCUCUCUCUCUCUAUAUAUAAAUCCCCCACUCUUCACUUUCCUUUCCAUUCAUCACUUCUCCCAUGAUAUAUUACUUAAACAUUUCAUUAAUUAGCUAGCAAAAGGGUUUCUUUCUUUCUUUCUUUCUUUCUUUCUUUCUUUUAGAUCGAUCGAUCGAUCGAGACCCUGCUGCUGCUUCUGCACAUUCCGUAGAGAGAGAGACAGAGAGAGAGAGAGAGAGAGAGAGAGAGAGAGAGAGAGAGAGAGAGAGAGAGAGGCGCACACACAGAGAUCGAGCACAUUCCAUAAUAUAUAAUUAGUUUGUUUGUACACACUGCAGCUAGAGCUAGCGUAUGGCUAUCUUUGACAUUCACCACCCAUGGGCAUUUACAUUUGGUGUCUUAGGUAACAUCAUCUCAAUCUUUGUGUACCUUGCUCCACUGCCAACAUUCAGAAGGAUAUUCAAGGAAAAAUCGACCAUGGGGUUCGAUUCAUUACCUUAUGCAGUUGCACUGUUCUCAGCAAUGCUGUGGUUGUAUUAUGCGUUCCUCAAGACAAAUGCGGUUCUGCUAAUCUCCAUCAACACUUUUGGAUGCAUUGUAGAGACUAUUUAUAUCUCCAUGUUCCUCUUUUAUGCAUCCAAAAAGGCUAGGGGUCGUACGGCAAAGCUACUGGGAGUUGUGAAUGUGGGAGUAUUGUCUUUGAUAUUUGUGGUGACAUUCUUCAUAUUCAAAGGUCAAAACCGAGUACAUGUUGUUGGAUGGAUAUGUGUUGCUGUCUCUGUGUGUGUGUUUGCAGCACCCUUGAGCAUUGUGUUUCAAGUUGUGCGAACACGUAGUGUUGAAUUCAUGCCGUUUCCAUUGUCAUUCUUCUUGACACUGAGUGCAGUCAUGUGGUUCGGCUAUGGUUUAUUUGAAAAAGAUUUAUGUGUUGCGGUUCCGAAUGUGCUUGGAUUUAUAUUGGGUGUGUUACAAAUGGUGCUGUAUGGUAUAUUCAGAAACGUCAAGGCAGAAGCGAUUAAUGAUGUUGAUGAUGAGAAAAAAAUGGGGGUUAUUACUACUGAUCAUGAUCAUGUUAUCAAUAUAAUGGUGUUAGGGACCCCUCAUAAAAAAUCAUCAUCAACUUCCCAAUAUGACGACGUCACAAUUAAGGCCCAGGUUUCCGACGACGACUAUCAUGAAAACAAUUCAUCAUGUGCAUUAAGUGUUGAACCAAGCCACGUUCAGCUCGACACACCGCCUGUUCUUGUCGUCUGUGCAGCAGCUUGAUCCAUAUCUGCUUAUUCAUUUUCCUUUUCUUUUAUUUUUAUUUUUAUUUACCUACUACUCUUUAAUUUCUGUAUCACCACCCCGCCCUUGAAUGUAUCAUGAAUUCUAUUAAACAAAUCUGUCUCUC